AUGGCCUCUAACCCCCCUGCUGCCUGCUGUGCCUCUGGCUUCAAGCACGAGGGUAACCCCGUCGGCGAGGUGAAGGACAUUGACGGAGUCAACACCUACAUCGUCUACCCGAAGGACAACAAGACCCCUGAGAAGGCCGUCAUUAUCUUGACUGACGUCUUCGGCAUCUUCCCGAACUCCCAGCUGCUCGCCGACGAGUUCGCCAGCAAAGGUUACCUGACUGUCAUCCCGGACCUGUUCCGUGGCGACCAGAUCAGCGUCAGCGACAUGAACUCCGGCAAGGUCGACUUCCCCGCCUGGAUCUCCAAGCAUCAGCCCGAACACGUCGACCCCGUCGUCGCCACCUCGAUCAAGCACGUCCGUGAGACUCUGGGCGUGAAGAAUGUCGGUGCAGCGGGCUACUGCUUCGGUGCUAAGUAUGUCACCCGCUUCCUGAAGGCCAACCAAAUUGACGUUGGCUUCGUCGCGCACCCCUCUUUCGUGACCCACGAAGAACUCGGCGCCAUCGAGGGGCCGUACUCCAUCGCUGCCGCUGAAACCGACAAUAUCUUCACUACCCAGCUCCGCCACGAGUCCGAGGAGACCUUGAUCAAGGCCGGUCAGCCAUGGCAGAUCAACCUGUUCAGCGGCGUCACGCACGGCUUCGCCGUCCGCGGCGACCCGAGCGUCAAGAUCCAGAAGUGGGCCAAGGAGCAGGCUUUCUUCCAGGCCACUGCUUGGUUCGGCCAGUACCUGUAA